CCAGUCGCGAUGUGAGAGGCCUGGCGCGCGGACGGCCGCGGUGCUACCCCGCCUCCGCCAUGGGGAACGGCAUGAACAAGGUGCUGCCCGGGCUGUACGUGGGCAACUACCGCGACUCCAAGGACUCGCUGCAGCUGGAGCGGUUCGGCAUCACGCACAUCGUCGCCAUCCACGACACUGCGCGCAGACUGCACUCGGACAAGCACUACCUGUGCGUGAUGGCCUCGGACUCGCCCGACCAGAACCUCACGCAGUACUUCCCGCUGUGCAACGACUUCAUCCACGCCGCCCGCCUGCGCGGCGGCCACGUGCUCAUCCACUGCCUGGCGGGCAUGUCGCGCAGCGUGACGGUCGCCGUGGCCUACAUCAUGAGCGUGACGACCCUCAGCUGGAAGGAGGCCCUGAAGGUGGUGCGCGUGGGCCGCUCCGUCGCCAACCCCAACUUCGGCUUCCAGAAGCAGCUGCAGGAGUUCGAGACCUGCAAGCUGGCCGAGGAGAGGAAGCGGCUGCGGGAGCGGUUCCCGAGCCUGGCGCUGUCCGGGGACGACGAGGACACGUGUCGCCAGAUGCUGCACUGCUACCAGUCGCUGAUCCUGUCCAAGGACCUGUGCGAGGGCAACUGCGCGCUGGGCGAGACCUGCCCCACGGGCCUCUGCAGGAACCCCAGCAAGAGGCUGCUGAGGCGCAAGUCGUCCGUCUCCCGGCCGACGCCGCCGCCGUCGCCCCGCGCGCUGCCGCCGACGCCCGGGGGCGUGCUGCCCCGCAGCAGCAGCGGCGCGCUGGGCCGCCGCCCCCGCAGCGGGCCCGCGGGGCUGCACUACUACACCGGCUCGGCCCCGCCCUCGCGCGCCGUCUCCCACCUCGACAUGAGCGACCUGGUGGUGCCGGCGCGGCGGCGCGUGGGCGGCUCGGCGCCCGUCACGCCGCAGUCGUCGCCGCCCGUGUCGCCGCAGCGCUUCACCCGGAGGCUGUCCGGCUCGCCGCCCGAGCGGCCCGCAUAGUGCGCACCACGGGGCGGCGCGCCUGCUUCCCCGUCUCGCCACGCGCCCCUCGGCUGCGUGUGGGCGGCCCACGUCGUGCCUGCUGCCCCGUCCUGCCCCACGACCUGUCCGUGGGCCCGUUUCCCUCCACUC